AUGCGUGACGACUCGCCGCCGCGCACGCCCACCCAGCACAAGGGCAAGGCUCCAAUGCGCGCCCUGGAGACUCACCAAGCCGCGAACGAGACGACCUUCUUCGACGAUGAUACGCCGGUAGACAAAAGACGCAGCGGAGCCACCGAGCUGUCAAUCAUGUCGCGCGACUCGCACGACCUUCACUUCAGGGACGUGACGCGUGAGUCGGUCGUCGACAACAUGCUGCUUUCGCUCGACAGCCUCCACACCGGCCCUGCCCAUUUCGGCGGCAUGUACAACGGCUUCGACGACGCUGAGGAACCCUUCCAGUCCUCCGUGUCGCGCUUCUCGCCGCCGCCGCACUUCCGUAGCCCGGCCCACACCCAUUCGCCCUCGCUCGACUACGACCCUCACGAUGAUUCCUCCGUCCGCUAUGCGCCCCUCCGCGGCCGCCGCAGCAAUAGCACCAGCAAUUUCCGUUCCGACCUGGACAAAGUAGAAAGCAGGGGUUAUGGUUCUGCAAGGAUGAGUUCCGACACCGCCCGAAAACCCGUCUACGGCGAGGGCGCUUUUGCGCAGCAUGGCAGAGGGAGGGGAAGCAAAGGCAGCUCCUCGUCCAGCAUGGACUAUGGCUACAGCACUCAGGUUCUUCCUCCUGGCUCGAGGCACACCAAUCGGUCCGCCAGCUUCGACAACGGCUACGACCGCCGCCCGUUCGGCAGCGACGAAAUGUCGCCUUCGUCGGUGUACAGUUCAGUCCUGAACAGAGGUAGGCCGAAUGUCCUCGACUUCUCCGCUUACGAUGCUGCGCCGACGCCGACCAUCCCGACGAGGCCGCGUAGGUUCGAGGAUCCUCCGUCUCCCGCGCCGCACUUCGAUUAUGCGUCUCAGCAAUCGCCGUUCGGGUCCCUGCCGGUCCAUGUUCCCGCCGUUCCGGCACCGUCGUCAAGGCGAAACAGUAUUCGUUCGUCGUCAAGCAAGGGGCCGUGGAAUGGCAAGGCACGGGGCCCAGACGCGAGCAUCCGGGCCCAAGCCACCGAGUUCGUCAAUGCGGUCAACAUUCGAGAACUCCCGCCAAUUCCUGCUUUCGCGGAUAACACGACACCAGGCAAGCCGCCGUCGACACCACAGGCCAAAGAGCCGCCCAAGGAGCGCCGUGGGUUCUUCAGUCGUGUGUUUGGAGGUGGCAGGAGUCAGCCUCCUCAGGAGCCUCGUGCGACGCCACAGCUGCCACCUAUCGACACCCGAUCUCCAGAGCAGGCGAAGCGUCCCUCAACGACACCUGCCCAGAACUAUACUCCCCAGAACGGAGCCAGACCAGCCGUCCGUCAAAGCUCAAUAACACAACCGCAGAAGCAGCCCACCGACCCCCAACAACAACCGAGGACCCUCACCAAGAAGAAUUCCUCCUUCUUCCGCAGGCGAAAGAAGUCUGUGACCGAGGAUCCCUUGCCACCCCCGGUGCCUGUACAAGUUCAGCGAGUAGGUGAUAUCGGAACUUCGGUGUUACCCAGUCCGGCAGCGAGCAGCUUACGAAAUGCGAUGAAGGAUUAUCUGGUUGAUCAGCAGGCUGCAACCCCCCGCGAGGCGUACUACGACACUAGAGAGCUGCAGAGUCCCGUGGGCGACGGCGACGACCACCCCGGUGGGUUCUCACCGGAAUACACGCCCCACAAGGAUGCGACCAUCCGAACCGUCAGACCGGGAUCGCGUGGAACAGACGACGGAGUGGCACCUGCGGUCGAGGACCUUCAGGAUUUGCACCACCGCACCGUCGACAGUCCCAAGUAUAAACUUAAGGUGAGGCGCGGAAAAGGGGGAUCCGCUAGGGCGAACGACGAUUCUUCCUUCCUCGCCGACAGCAGCGAGCAAGAAGAUAAAGCCGGCCAUCUCUCAGCUCCCUCAAGAGGCCAAAACAUGUACGUGCCUGAGCAGUCCAGACGGCCUGCCACCAGCCCGAACGCGUCGACCCAACACACGUCGUCCGCGAAGGAGAACCUCGGGCCCCGACAAAAAGCGAACGUUGGCGAGAAGAGGACGGAUGCGCAUCCGAGCUCCUCAGCCGGGCAGAGGUUUGCAGAUGGUACUGAUGAGGAAGGCUGGGUCAUUACGACACCGUCCAGAAGGGAGACUGCCGACAGUGACAUCAAUGGCAAGAAUAACCGAGUCUGGCUCGAACCGACAUCUUCGGAAGAGAAACUCGAACAAACCUCCCUCUCCCUGCCCCUGGAAGGCGCCAAGUCUGAACACUCUCCUGCCGAUCGCUCCCCCAUCACUCCCAGCGACGCUUAUCAAUCCGCAUCGAGCCUCCCUAUUGUGCAGGUGGAGGGUGGCGAUGUCAGAACUUCGGCAGAGGUCGUACGCACGGCUCCUGCUACGGCUAGUGAAGAACCAACCGACGAGGACCGUGAGAAGGCGCAGCAAAUUUACGAUGGCGACGAGAAUUUCCUUGCGAAAGGCAAGGCGGCAGCAUGGCUUGGCGAGAACACCAUCGCUAGCGCACGUUGUCGUAAGGCUUACAUGGAGAUUUACGAAUGGACCGGAUUCAGCAUUCUGCUCGCCAUGCGGGAUUUGUGUAACAGGCUAGUCCUGAAAGGAGAGACUCAGCAAGUGGACCGUAUUUUGGAUUCGUUCGCCAACAGAUGGUGCGAAUGCAAUCCAAAUCACGGGUUCAAGUCACCAGGCGCGGUUCACACCAUCUGCUACUCAUUGCUUCUUUUGAAUACCGAUCUCCAUAUGGCGGAUAUCGAGUCGAGGAUGACCCGCGGUCAAUUCGUGAAGAACACGCUACCGACCAUUCGCAGCGUCGUUGAUGCCGAGUUGGAAGAAGCCGAGGAGCACACCCACUCCCGAAGCCAGACACCUGUGGAGGAUAACUCUACCCCGAUAUCACCAACCUUUGAAAAUAGGAAGCGGCCGUCCGUGGAUCUCAACACCAAGAGAUCAAAGAACCGCCUUUCAAUCAGACCGGCCAUGGGGCUUCGCAUGGAUCCGGAGGGCUAUCCUACGAAUCCGGACUCUGGGGCCGGCGAUGCAUGCACUGUCCUGGUCAAAGCUCCGUUUGAGGGCUCGAUGAAGGCUUGGGAGUUUCAGGUUGAGAUUGUCCUGAAGGAGUUCUACAGCUCGAUCAAGAGCUCAAAGCUUCCGUUGCACGGUGUCGACACCACUCCAGCACAGUCAUCGAACAACCUUUCCGUUACUGGAGUGCUCAGACGGACACCGUCUGUUCUCAGCAAAGCCCCUUCGGAUACUACCAGCUACCGCGGCCGUCACAGCGAGUUCCGCGCAGCAACUGCUCGAUGGAACUCAAAGACUCGUUCGAGGCCAAAGUUGUACCCCAACUCUACGAUUGGCUCGAGCCGAACCAGUUUGGACGACCAAUCCGUGUUCAGCCCGGCUGGCUCGAGCAAGUGGAGUACUUACUCCAUGGGCAAGACUGGCACCUCCAUGUCUGUGGACUCAUUAGGGACGCACUUUUCUCCUCCCGACUACCAACAGUCGAUUGGAUUUGCAAAUGCGCUCAGUCAAGCCAUCAUUCGGGAAGGCAAUGAGGAGAACCACACCAUUGCAAGCUACGAAGAGUACGGCCGUACUGCUCCCCUUCUUGAAGAUGAGUCUCUCGAGCUUCACGGCCCACCGUGGGCCAAGGAAGGUAUCUUGAAGCACAAGCACCACCUCGAGGCCAUGGACAAGAAGUCCAAGGACCGCCAUUGGAACGAGGUCUUCGCCGUCAUUGAAAAGGGCUACAUGAAGGUCUUUACUUUCAAUAUGAAUGCCAAGAAGGCCAAGAGGAGACCUUCUGCUCAUAGCGUUGUGGGCGGUGGCAACUGGACCGACAACGCGGAAGAACUCCAUUCGUUCUUGCUACGACAAACCAUGGCUAGUACGCUGCCGCCUCCGGGAUACUCCAAGACCAGGCCGCACGUGUUUGCGCUCUCGCUCCCCACCGGUGCGGUGCACCUGUUCCAAGCAGGCACUGCGGACAUUGUGAGAGAGUACGUUCAGACCGCAAACUACUGGUCCGCGCGUUUGUCAAAGGAACCUCUCGUCGGUGGUGUCAGCAACAUCGAGUACGGCUGGAGUGACAACGUCAUCAACAUGGCACUCAUCAGCAGGCCAGAGAGCUCUCCAACGACGAUUGGGAACAAUGCGCCUCGACAGAGCAUCCAGAGCUCUAUUCGCAGCUCUAUGGAUCAUGGCACUAUGAAGCCGCGUCUCCCGGGUGACAAGGUGGUCCUUUCUGACUGGACGCCUCCGACUCAGAGCAUGAUGGCGAGCAACCUUAUGGAAGUUGAUCAGCACAAGGCCCUGUCAGCGUAUGUCAAGAAUGUUGAGGAGGAGAUGCAAAGACACCAGGAGCUGAGGGCGCCUUUGAUGAUCGCUUUCUCGCCUCGCCAUCCGAAUGCCGCCAAGGCUAUGGCCAACUUUGAAAAGAAGUCUGCCUACCUUUUGCGUGAGCUUGUCAAGUUCAAGACUUAUAUCGAUGCGCUCGACUAUGCCAAUGAGAUGAGGGACAAGAUCUACAAAGAGCGCGAGGAGCGUCUGAAGGCCGAAGAGGCAGCUAAGAAGGAAGAGGGGCAGGGUGAUGAGGGAGCGUGCAAAGACGAGGAUGACAUGUCCGCCUCUGCUCUCGCCCAGUCCUAUAGCAGCCUCAUGAGUGCUUUUGAUUCUCCAGUGCGCUGA